AUGGAAGCGAAGCUCCGCGCGUUGCAGGGGCAGGGGAGCGUGGCCACUCCUUCCCCGUCGCACGGCACUAACCGCAUUGCACCGUUUUCUUUUUUGGGUGGGUUUAAGGGGAGGCCGUCGCGAGGGCAGGACAGCGACAGCGACAGUGCGUUGCAGCAGCGGCUGGUCACGGGAUACGAUGAUGACGGCAUGAUAUGGAACUGCCCUAUAGCCUCGCACCCUUCGGGCGAGCUGUCAAUGGCGGCGGUAGAAGGCAACGUGGCGUGUGAGGACGUGGCGAGGGUGGACGCGAACGUGCUGGGAACGUUCGUGGGGAUAUUCGACGGGCAUGGGGGCGCGCAGUCCGCUCGGUUCAGCGGGGACCACCUGCUGCCCGACCUGCAAGGGCGACUGACUGACAGCACAUGUGCUGCCAGGCCAGCACUGCGUGAGCCUUCUCCUCUGCUCAUCUCACCUUCCCCUUUCCUCACUUCCCCUUUCUCCGCCGCCCCUGCCUCCCCCUUUUCCCUUCCUUUCUCCCUUCCGCCUGCCUCUCGCCUCGUUUCUUCCUUCUUCCCCAUGCCUCCCCCCAUCCCUCCCCCUAUUCCUUCCCCCCAAUCCUUCCCCCCAUUCCUUCCUGCGUCCGUCCCUCCCCUCACCCCUCCCCCCCAUCCCUCCGUCCAGGCGCGUUGGUGGAGGAGUAGCGCCAUUGACACCACAUGUGUGGCCAGCACUCACUCGGCGGCAGACAGCACAUGUGCUGCCACCACCGCUAGAGCCCUCUCCUCUGCUGCUGUCACAUUUCCUUACUGUUAUCUUUCUCUCUCCUUCCACCUACUCCCUUCUCCCUCCUCCUGCAUGUCAACCUGCCCCUCGCCUUGCUUCGUCUUUCUUUCCCAUCCCUCCCCUCAUCCCUCCCCCCAUCCCUCCCCCCAUCUCUCCCCUCAUCCCUCCCCCCAUCCCUCCCCCCAUCUCUCCCCUCAUCCCUCCCCAACACCACUCCAUCCAGGCGCGUUGGUGGACGAGUGCUGUGGCAGGGCGGCAGACAGCACAUGUGCUGCCACCACCGCUAGAGCCCUCUCCUCUGCUGCUGCUGCCGCUGCUGCUGCUCAUGCACAUGCAUCCGCCACCGCUGGUGGUGGUGGGGGCGAUGGUGGUGGAGGGACUGGUGGAGGAGGAGGAGAGAGUGGGAAGAGUGGAGAUGCGAAGGGGGAAACGGGAGGAGGAGGGGGGGGAGGGGAGGGGGUAGAAGGGAAGCAACAGCAACAGCAGCAGCUAAGCUCGGGCCAAAGCAAACCGGAUAAGCUGCUCCAUGUGCCCCCACACGUGCCCUCCCGCCUCCCCCAUCUCUCUCAAGACCAGCUCAUCUCAGCCGUCCAUCACAGCUUCAACCAGAUCGAAUCCAAAUUCCUGGAGAUCGUACGGUGCAAAUGGCGCCAGGUGCCGCAAUACGCAGCAGUAGGCACAUGCGCGCUAGUAGCAUUCAUCCCCCCACAGGGGUCGGUUCUAGUGGUGGCGUCGCUAGGGGAUUCGCGUGCGGUGGUGGGGGUGAGGAGAGGGGUGAUGGGGGUGGUACGGCCGCUGGUGGUUUCGACAGAACACAAUGCGAAUUCGGCGGAUGAGAGAGCAGCGGUGCAGCGGUUACAUCCUGAGGAUAAGGGAAUUGUGGUGCAGAGGAGUGGAGUGUGGCGCGUGAAAGGGAUUAUCCAGGUCACACGCUCUCUGGGAGACUUUUAUCUGAAGCACAACGAGUUUCAGCGCGACCCUCUCUACGCGCGCUUCCGCCUCGACCGCCCGCUGCGCCGCCCAGCUCUGCUGGCAGAGCCGGCAGUGGAGGUGCUGCAGCUGGCGCCGGCCCACCGCUUCCUCGUGAUGGCCACUGAUGGACUGUGGGAGCAUGUCAGCGAUAGUGAAGCGGUGAAGCUGGUUCACUCCAAGCCCCGAUCGGGAGUAGCACGGCAGCUAGUGCGGCUGGCAAUCACGCGUGCAGCACGCAAGCUCGGCCUCUCUCUCCCGGAGCUCAAAAUGCUGGAUCCCAAGCAGCGGCGCAUGGUACAUGAUGACAUCACCGUUGUCGUCCUCUUCCUCGACGCUCACCGGAGGGCGGACGGGGGGAAGCCAGGGGGAGGGAGAGCCGGUGCAGCUGCUGGCGCUGCUGCUGGUGCUGGUGCUGGUGCUGGCGGUGGUGGUGGUUCGAGUGAUGGAAGUGGGGGGUUCCUGGGAGUGGCAGGGGGAAUGACUCUUCGCAGCUAUGAAGAUGUUGACGUGCCCGCGUUCUCUCAACCAGGCCUUGAGAAGGGUUAG